GACAGUAAACAUGGAGGCGGUGAAAACAUUAUACUGUAGUGAAUAAACACAGGCUGGAUAAUUCACACUUUUAACCAGAAAGUCUUUGAUGUCAGGUGUUGGGGUAACAUGGCCUCGAGCUUUGCCCCGCCGAGGCUCGCGGACUUCCUUCUCACGGAGAGACUUGGCAGUGGUACCUACGCAACGGUUUACAAAGCUUACCGGAAGACUGAUUCCAGGGAGGCGGUGGCAGUGAAGGUGGUCAGUAAGAAGAGUCUGAACAAGGCGUCGAUGGAAAACCUUCUGACUGAGAUCGAGAUUCUGAAAACGAUCCGUCAUCCACAUAUUGUUCAGCUAAAAGACUUUCAGUGGGACAGUGAGAACAUCUACCUCAUUCUGGAGUGGUGCUCUGGUGGAGAUCUGUCACGUUUUAUCCGUAGCCGGAGGAUCUUACCUGAGAGAGUGGCACGCCGCUGCUUGCAGCAGAUAGCCUGUGCUCUGAAGUUCCUUCAUGAGAGAAACAUCUCCCACCUCGACCUGAAACCCCAAAACAUCCUGCUGAGUGGCAACGUCCUCAAACUAGCAGAUUUCGGCUUUGCUCAGUACAUGUCUCCGUGGGACGAGCAGAGCUCUCUUAGAGGAUCUCCUCUCUACAUGGCUCCGGAGAUUGUGUGCAGGCGACAGUACGACGCCCGGGUCGACCUCUGGUCUGUCGGGGUCAUCUUGUAUGAGGCGUUGUUUGGCCGUGCACCGUUUGCUUCCCGAUCAUACAGUGAACUGGAGGAGAAAAUCCGCAGUGAUAAACCCAUAGAGCUGCCAGUCGGUGCCAGAGUGUCCAGAGACUGCCGGGAUUUGUUACUCAGGCUGUUGGAGAGAGAUCCAGACUCACGGAUCACGUUCGAUGAGUUCUUCCUGCACCCGUUUGUGGAUCUGGAACACAUGCCCAGUGCUGAAAGCCUAACCAAAGCGAAGGAGCUGGUGCUGCGGGCGGUGCAGAAGGAUCAGGACGGGGAGAAAGCUGCAGCUCUGUCUCUCUACUGCUGCGCUCUGGAACACUUUGUGCCAGCUAUUCACUAUGAGCCAGACAGACAAAGAAAAGAAGCUCUGAGACUAAAGGUGAACCAGUACGUGUCUCGAGCUGAAGAACUCAAAGCGCUGGUGGAUUCAGACAACAGGAUCAGCUUUGAGAAAGCCCAGUCGGCCAGGGAUGUACUAAGGGAAAUGGCACGGGACCAGCCUCGCUUGCUCUCCGCACUGGAUUUAGCCGCAACUGCUGUAGCCAAGGAGCAAAGUGGGAUGGAGGAUUGUGAAACACUGGAUUUGUAUCAGCAGAGUCUGGGAGAGCUGCUGCUAGCACUGGCUGCCGAGCCUCAAGGUCGCAAGAGGGAACUGCUCCAUAACGAGAUUAAGAGUUUGAUGUGUAGAGCAGAAAACCUUAAAGAACAGAUCAAGAUUCAAGAAACUCAGACGGACGUUUCUGUCGAUAAAGAUCCUGUUGCUGAAUCUGUGCGAACAUCAUGCUGUCUACAGUAAUUUGAUUUUCCCAGGAAGGUCAUGUGACCCAAUUGACGCAUUAGGCCGCACUUUGGGUCUGAAGGAAUCGGACUGGAUCCUGGACUGAUGAACGACUACAAGCGACUACUGAAUCCUCACCAUGUAGUCGUAGUGACAGCAGGCAGCUUGUGUGAUACGUAUACUGAACAUAAACAUUCAUUCAUGUAUUUAUUUUCACUGCUUCCUCCUGAUCAGGGUCAUGGUGGGUCCGGUUUCCCCGGAAUCACUGAGCUUAAUGCAGUAACACACUCGUUGCCUCGGCCAUAACCGAUAAUUAGAUAAUUAUUUCUGUAUGUAGACGCCCGACCGGCCAACAGCAUCACUGGGGCUUCGAACCCUGGGUCUUAGCUGUAGUGAGCUAGUGCAAUUUACCACUGAGCCACCUGAGCAGCCUGUACAUAAACAGCCAGUCCACUUCUUCAUGGCAGUAUUUGGCAAUAUUAGGAGAAAACCUGCAACACUCCUUGCAAAGUGAUCAAACGUAAGGAUCAAACCCAGAACCCUUCCAGAAACAUUACUGUAUUGCCCACAGCUGAACAUGUCAAUAGUUCUCAAUAAAAUUCUGGAACAAGACUGCAGGAAUUCACUAAUGAGAGCUGAUUUACAGUCAGCAUUUUAUUCAGUUUAUUUCAAAGCUUCUGAAUGGGGUUUAGAUAAUGUCUCAGUUUGUGCAUGAAGGAACUGGAAAGGGUAUUCCCUAAACUCUUACAACAAAGGUGAAAUGCUAUAAUGUUCUAUUAUGAAAUAUCAUUUACAUUUUCAGCAUUUAACAGAUGCUUUUAUCCAAAGCGACUUACAGUUGUGACAUUAUACAGUCUGAGCAAUUGAGGGUUAAGGGCCUUGCUUGAGGGCCCAACAGUGGCAAACUAGCAAAGGUGUGGCUUAACCCGGUAACCUUUUUAAUUACUAGUCCAGUACCUUCACCGCUAGGCUACACCUGCCCACUGGAUGUUGCACAUUUUGGGCAUUUGUUUUACAGGAAAUAAGGCCUGACCCAGACCAUCACAAACAGGAUAGGACCAAAAAUAUGUGGACGUCUCAACACAAAUCCAUGGGCUUUGAUAUAGAGUUCAUCCUAAAUGUGUUUAAGGGCUGUGUGAAGGCCACUGAAGUUCCUCCACACCGCCACGUUAAAGAGCUCACUUUGUGCACAGGAACACGGACUAUAUCGCCCAAUUGUUUUAAUUUUAGACACCUUAUAGUGAAGCGUGUGGCUAAAACACCUUUUAAGGUUAAUCAUUACGAAGGGUUUCCACGUACGUAUGGCCAUAGUGUUUAUAAUUCUCCCAGCAUCCACCAAACCCAACCUCAUCAGUCAGCACAGACUAAUGAUGAAAACAGUCUUUAUUAACCGAAGCUUUAUUGGCAUGACAAAUAAGGACAUCACACCCCUACCCCUCUGUCAGCGCUGUGACACUCACCACAGCACAUCCACAUAACGAGCACUGGGUGGUGGUGAACAUGACUCCAGAGACGUGUUGUUUUCUACAAAUCUGCUGUUAUUACAUUUAUUCUGUGCCACCACACAUCAAUCCCCCAAAUCUUUUUCUCCUGACUGGUUUGACUUUGCUGAGAUAAUUUUGCUGGAAUUAUUUAUUGUCUAAAAUAAAAUAAAUAAAAUAAAUCUUA